AUGGUGCGCGGCGCGCGCGCCGCCGCGCUGUGCGUCGCGGCGGCCGCCGCCGCCCGGUGGUGCGCCUUCGUGCUCGCGCCUCUGCCCGUGGGCGAGCCCGCGCGGCCCCUCGACGACGGCGCCUACGACCUCGUCGACGUCGCCGCGCCCGUCGCCGCGGGCUGGCGGCUCAGAGUCCUCGCGGGCCUCUUCCGCGUCGACGCGCUCUACCCGGCGCUCGCGCGGUUCCUGCUCAACGCGAACGGCGUGGACCGCGUGCGGUCGCUCGCGCGCGCCGUGCCCGAGCGCGUGCCGUCGCGGCCGCUGCCGCUCGUGCGCCUCGGCGCCGCCGAGUACGAGCGGCAGGUCGCCGCGGCGGCGGCCUGGUCGCCCGACGUCGCGCCGCGCGCGCCGCGGCGGCGCUGGUCCGUCGAGGACUACGCGCGCGCGUACCGGUCAGGGGCGACGACGCCGGCGGCCGUCGCCGAGGCGCUCCUCGCGGCGGUCCCGCGGCUCGAGGCGGCGCUCGGCCGCGUCUUCGCGCACUGCGACGCCGCGGCGGUGCGCGCGCAGGCCGCGGCGGCGACGCGGCGCCUCGCGGCCGGCGCGCCGCGGUCGGUUUUCGACGGCGUCCCCGUGGCCGUCAAGGACAUGAUCGCCGUCGCGGGCUUCCCCAAGUACUCGGGCGCGUUCCCUUCCGGCCGGGGCCCGGAGCCGCGCGACGACCCCGUCGUCGCGCGGCUCCGCGACGCCGGCGCGAUCGUCGUCGGCGCGACGGUCAUGACGGAGUUCGGCAUCUCGCCGAUCGGCUGGAACGCGCACUACGGCGGCGCGCGGAACCCGUGGGACGCGGACCGCUACGCCGGCGGCAGCUCGACGGGCAGCGCCGUCGCCGUCGCCGCGGGCCUGCUGCCCGUCGCCGUCGGGUUCGACGGCGGCGGGUCCGUGCGCGUGCCCGCCGCGCUCACGGGUUUGUACGGUCUCGCCGCCGGGUUCGCGCGCGUGCCGUUCCGCACGGAGGCGCCGUGCUCCAUGACGCACGCGGGGCCCUUCGCGACGACGGCGCGCGACGCGGAGCUCGCGCUCGUGUACGCUCUCAUCUCCGCGCCGGCGGCCGACGGCGAGGGCACGCACACGACGACGACGCUCUACCGGCCGCCGCCCCCGUCCGGCGCGGAGCCGCCGCGGCGCAUGCGCCUGGGCGUGCUCCGGGGCGCGAUCGACGACAGCGAGCCCGACGUCCGGGACGCCGUCGAGGCCGCCCUGGCGGCGCUCGCGGAGGACCACGAGCUCGUCGACGUCGCGAUCCCGCACCUGAUGACGCUGUCCCUCGCCGGCGCCCGCGGCGGUUAA